UCUCGACAUCUCUGCAGGUUAAAAUCCACGGCAAAUAUGGCCGCUACAGUCGCAACUUCGACAAAACCCAGCGCAGGGAUCAUAGGUAGCGUGAAGAACUCAAAAUCACCGCAGGGAGACAAUCUCAUUCGCUAGCCUUUUCGUCACAGGUUAUGGGAAUUAACCUUGUUCCUGUUGGCAAUGGGAAAACUUCGUCGGAUUGUAUAGAACUUGACAUGUACUGCUGGUUGGAUUUUUUGCACUGGUCAUACUACACUAUCAUGAUUGGAGAUGAGAUUCUGAAGGGUCAGACACAGGAUACAAACUCUCAUUUCCUCUGCCGACAUCUGUUCACUCUGGGAGUCAAAGUGAAGAAGAUAUCUGUGAUAGGAGAUGACUUGGAAACCAUAUCUGAUGAGAUUGUGAAGUUCUCACAACAGUAUACUCAUGUGAUCACAUCCGGGGGCAUUGGCCCAACACAUGAUGAUCUCACGUUUGAGGGUUUGUCCCAAGCCUUUGGUGAGCCUCUCUUUCAUCACCCGGAAUUGGUCAAAGUUUGUAGGAAGUUUUUUGGCACAGACGAUAUCAAGUCACCAAAGUUGAAACUGGCAUAUGUGCCCAGGUCAGCAAAGCUCUUGUACGGUGUCCACCCGCAGACAGGAGAGAAGGCACGGUACCCACUGGUCAAUGUGAGGAAUGUGUAUGUAUUCCCGGGGAUUCCCUCGCUGAUGGAAAGAGCCUUUCUUAUGCUACAGGACAUAUUUAAGAAUCCCGAGGCUGAGACUCACACAGAGGAAGUCUAUGUGAACCAAGAUGAAGUCAGCAUAACUCACGUUCUCAACCAAGUAGACCAACAGUUCCGCAAAAACGUCAUAUUAGGAUCUUAUCCAGAAUUCCACAACAGUUAUUAUAAAGUGAAGCUGACUAUGGAAUCAGAGAGUUCCCAGUACCUGAAAGAGGCCCACGACUUCCUAACUACUACACUGCCUAAAGGCUCAGUCGUCAGCUAUGAAAAGGACCCUAUACGCAAAUCCACGGAACAAGUCUAUGAUAUUGUCAAUUCUGAGGACCAGUCACAAUUUAGCCAACGUGUUCGACAUUCUGUGAGAGUGGUGGAGGAGUGCUUAGAGCGAUACAGACUAGAAGAAAUAUGUGUUGGAUUUAAUGGCGGAAAGGAUUGUACAGUAUUGCUUCAUGUAUUCUAUGCGGUUGUUAAAAAGAAAUAUCCAGACUUUCAGGGCAAAUUAAAUUCGUUGUACAUACAGAGUAAAUCUCCCUUCCCAGAGGUCCUACAGUUUAUCCAGACGUCUAAAGACAGCUAUAACCUGAAUCAGCUAAGUUUUGAGGGCCGGAUCAAGGAAUGUCUGGGCCAGCUUCAGCAGCUUCACCCAGAGAUCAAGGCAGUGUUGAUGGGGACAAGGGAAACUGACCCAUACUCCAGUCACUUAGAUGCAUUCUCAAUGACAGACCAGGACUGGCCUCAGUACAUGCGGGUGAAUCCAUUGUUACAGUGGGGAUACCAAGACGUUUGGAAGUUUCUCAGAGACCUAUCAUUACCGUAUUGUAAACUGUAUGACCGUGGGUACACCUCACUGGGCAGUAUGGACAACACCCAUCCCAACCCCUCACUACAGUACAUUGACAGCCACGGUGUGCUGCGCUACAAGCCGGCAUAUCAGCUGAGUGAAGACCACAGAGAGAGAGAUGGUAGGAACUGAAGCCAACCUGUGGGCGAGAUUCCUGUCGGUGCUCUAAUGAAGCACCACACUCCUACAGUGAUGUUAACACAUUUGAUGAUGCCUACAUUUAGAAGGACAUUGGGCAGGCCGACUAUAGAGGCCUCGCAGGAUACUCAUCCACACAGAAAUUUUAUUGAUCAUACCAAGAUGAUUGUAAUUUUCCUGAUAAAGAAAAAGUGGUGUUUUCUUGGCUGGUAGAAUCAAAAACCAGAACACUUAAGUACACUUUCCUUCACGGACAGUGACUAUCAGCACACUCUCAGUUACACUUAUCUUUCACAGACAGGGACUGUCAGCAGACUGUCAGUUACACUUAUCUUUCACAGACAGGGACUAUCAGCACACUCUCAGUUACACUUAUCCUUCACAGACUGACUAUCAGCAGACUCUCAGUUACACUUAUCCUUUACAGACAAUAACUAUCAGCAUGCUCUCAGUUACACUUAUCUUUCACAGACAGGGACUAUCAGCACGCUCUCAGUUACACUUAUCUUUCACAGACAGUGACUGUCAGCUCACUCUCAGUUACACUUAUCCUUCUCAGACAGUGACUAUCAGCAUAUUCUCAGUUACACUUAUCCUUCACAGACGGUGACUAUCAGCAUACUCUCAGUUACACUUAUCCAUCACAGACAGUGACCAUCAGCAGAUAGCCAUUGUCAACACACUCUGUGUUUCGGUAAGCAUAAUGUACUUCCACUGAUAAUGGCAGACACCCACAUGUUUUGGUAAGCGUGAUGUAGUUCCACUGAUCAUGGCAAACACCCACAUGUUUUGGUAAGCGUAAUGUACUUCCACUGAUCAUGGCAGACACCCACAUGUUUUGGUAAGCGUAAUGUACUUCCACUGAUAAUGGCAGACACCCACAUGUUUUGGUAAGCGUAAUGUACCUCCACUGAUAAUGGCAGACACCCACAUGUUUUGGUAAGCGUAAUGUACCUCCACUGAUAAUGGCAGACACCCACAUGUUUUGGUAAGCGUAAUGUACUUCCACUGAUAAUAGCAGACACCUGCAUGUUUUGGUAAGCGUAAUGUAGUUCCACUGAUCAUGGCAGACACCCACAUGUUUUGGUAAACGUAAUGUAGUUCCUGUGAUAAUGGCAGACACCCACAUGUUUCGGUAAGCGUAGUGUACUUCCACUGAUAAUGGCAGACACCCACAUGUUUCGGUAAGCGUAAUGUAGUUCCACUGAUAAUGGCAGACACCCACAUGUUUUGGUAAACGUAAUGUAGUUCCUCUGAUAAUGGCAGACACCCACAUGUUUCGGUAAGCGUAAUGUAGUUCCACUGAUAAUGGCAGACACCCACAUGUUUCGGUAAGCGUAGUGUACUUCCACUGAUAAUGGCAGACACCCACAUGUUUCGGUAAGCGUAGUGUACUUCCACUGAUAAUAGCAGACACCCACAUGUUUUGGUAAGCGUAGUGUACUUCCACUGAUAAUGGCAGACACCCACGUGUUUCGGUAAACGUACUUCCACUGAUCAUAGCAGACACCCACAUGUUUCGGUAAAUGCAUUGUAGCUCCACUGAUAAUGGCAUGUUACAUUUCACCAGGAAUACAAAAUUAUCUUGAGAGAAUUGAAAUCACAGCUUAAAUUCUCAGCCAGGGUAAUCAAGUGUCUUUGUAAA